AUGUAUGCAGACCGUGGGGUCUUCUCGCACAAGAAAAAAAAGAUGGCAUCGCUCAACCACAAGAUGGCCAUUUUAAACUCCAACCCUGAGGUGCUUUUGCGGAAGCGGAAAGAUGCCGACAGAAAGAGAAUCCAGAAGCAAGAGGCUUUGAGAGAAGCUAACGAGAAAAAAACCAGAAAAAGCUUGGUUGCAAGAGACAAGUUUCUCAGAGCAGAAAAGUUGGUGAUCAGAAGCCAGGCCAAUGCCGUGGAAGCGAAAAGAUUGAACAACAUUCUCAAGCACGAAGCAAGACAGGCGGUGUCGGCCCGCAAGGAGAUCACCCCGAAGCUCGUGUUUGUUAUCCGCACAGAAAACUUGAACAGAAAUGUGACCAUUCCUCAAAAGGCUGAAGCCGUGUUCAAAGUGUUGCGCUUGCCCGAACCGAACAUGGGUGUUUUCGUCAAGUUGACGCAAACCGUGGUUCCCGCAUUGAAGCUUGUGGCUCCGUAUAUUGUGGUGGGCACCCCAUCUUUGGCUUCUGUGCGUGAUCUUUUCCACAAGAGAGCUUGCAUCGUGUCGACCGACGAGGAGGGCAACGAAACCGAGGUGAAAUUGAACAACAACCAGCUUGUUGAAGACAAAUUCGGAGACGACUUGGGCUACAUCUGUAUUGAGGACGUGGUGCACGAGCUUGUGUCGUUGGGGGAGAACUUCAAAACGGUUUCUCGCUGGAUUGCUCCAUUUAAAUUGACUCCACCGGUCCUGGGAUGGGGUCCGUUGGCCGCAUUGAACAAAAUCAGAUACGAGAACGAGCACAAGAAGCCCAUUUCUUUGGCAGGCCAUGUGCAGUUGGAGGAGAUUGACAUUGACAAGUUCAUAGAGGAGCAGAACUAG